UUUCCAUUGAAUGUUUCCAUUAAAAACAGACAGGCGAUAUUACGAACUUGAAACAUCAAAAACUUCUCCACAGAAACAGCGGAGUGUCAGUAGCAACCUGGUCAGUGUGGAUCAUGACAGAGUCUUGAGAUGCCAUCGAUUUUAUCUUAUAUCUCUGAUGCAAUUGAUUAUGUACAGCCAGAGAAGCCCUGGAACAGUCGAGAGAUUCAUUAGUCAAACCAGCAACUCCUCAAACCUCAAUGGUUCAUAUGUGUUUUGGUAAGGUGACCCAGCUAGAAUCAACAGAAAUACACAUGAGAAAAAUCCACCAAAACUCGAUCAACAGUUGCGAUGCAGUCCGUUGUCAAAAAAGCCACAGAAACGAAAUAUUACUGAAACUCCCUAAGCCACAGAAGAAUCCACCAAAACUCGAUUUCACAUUACCCGCCUUCCUAAAAUUCCAAUUCUGCAGGACAUAGCCCUCGCCCAUUUCCAUCAAACGAGAGAAGCUGACAAAUUUAGCUGAUAUGAAAUUGGCGCAGAAAGAAAGAGAAGGAGAAGGUCAGUUACCCCCAGACUGCGCGGACAGGAAAUGGAAAAAAAUCCCCGGAGUUCUCUCUGCCGGAAAAAAAUGAAUUUGACGCUCCGGCGGAGCUAUAUAAAGUAUAAUCCAAAGCCCAAAUAGCACCAUGUCCAUGGAUUCGCUCUUCGGGCCUGGGAUGGAAAGACGAAUAACUUUGCAGUGGAUCCAACCAGGCCCAUUUUCAUAUCAGAUAAGGGCCUCGGGAGGUGGAAUAAUAUCCAUCCGCAUCGCCAAUUCUAAGCGCCUUGAGAUCGAGAUGAAGACAAACAAAUAUCAUUCAUUCAAGUGGGAAAUAAAAUAAUGUUCUGCAGAAAGAAAUGGAGAGAGAGACACACAACAACACAAGUGGACGCCAAGUCAGGGGCUAGUAAGCAAAUGGCCGGCUCAAAUGGAAAACAAGAGCAACUUUUUUUAAUUAAUUGAAAAGGUGAAAACAGAGGAAAAAUAUACGUGGGAAAUUACUCUGGAAGUUGGAUGAGAAAUGGGAAGGGAAGUAGUAGAGUGUGGGAUAGGAGAUGAGAUGAGAUGAGGAAAGAGUGAUGGAGACAGGCAGGGCCAUUCUCACCAAAUGCGUCACUUUUAUAGCAAAGGACCAUUCUUUCCCAAUCCAAAUCUCAAUCCCAUUCAGCAGCAGCAAUUCAUCAACCAUAUGUAUUAUUGGGUUGUAGAUAAUGAGAUGAAAGGAUACCCAUUUUGAACCUCCUCCUUCCCUCAGCCAUGGCGGAUGUUACUAGGCACCAAACCUCCUUCCUUCCUUCGUUUCCCACUGCCCACUAGACUAGCUUCACAGAUAUUUCCCCACAAUAUCCCAUUCCCACUCCAUUUCCUUGGAAUUGGUGAUGCUUCCUCCUGAUCUGGAUUGUCUCUUUCUCCCUCAGCUCUAGUGAGAGAUACCAUUUAUCAUCAGCUCCUCUUCCCCCCCUUUGUCAUCUCUCUGGCCUUCCGUUGGUCACUCACUGCAACUUCUUGGUUUUUGAGGGAGGCCCAAGAGAAAGAAAUGGCUGCUGUUGCUGCAACUUUCGUUGCCAGUUCUGGGCUUCACUCUGCUACCAACGCCAGAGCUGUUGACAAUCUCCCCUUGGCUUUCGGCUUCGGCGCCACUCCUGCCACUUCUCCCCUUUCCUUCAAUCAAAUUGGUGGUAAUUCUAGUACCAAAAGAAGAUUGUUGUGUUCUUCUAGGACCCUCAUCAUUCCCCGAGCUUCAACCACAGCAGUUGAGGUGGGCAGCUGUUGUUGGUGUGGAUUUUGCCUUUUUGGGUCUCAUGGUUUUGCUAACACACUUGAUACUUCUAUGAUGGAACAGGAUGGUAGUUUCAACGGCACCGAUACAGUCCCCACUCCGAAGGUCAUAAUUGACCAGGACUCUGAUCCUGAUGCAACCGUUGUGGAGAUCACCUUUGGGGAUCGCCUUGGGGCUCUUCUUGACACGAUGAGUGCUCUUAAGAACCUGGGCCUCAAUGUUGUUAAAGCUAAUGUCUUCCUAGAUGCUUCUGGGAAACACAACAAAUUUGCCAUAACAAAAGCGAGCACCGGCAGAAAAGUUGAUGAUCCAGAGCUGCUUGAGGCAAUUCGCUUGACAAUUAUCAACAACCUUCUUGAGUACCAUCCGGAAUCAAGUUCCCAGCUUGCAAUGGGGGCUGCCUUUGGUGUAGAACCGCCUCAACAACAGAUUGACGUGGAUAUAGCAACGCACAUAACCAUUUCUGAGGACAGUCCAGAACGAAGCUUACUUUAUGUGGAGACAGCUGAUCGCCCUGGAUUGUUGGUCGAUCUUGUAAAGAUCAUCUCUGAUAUUAACAUUACUGUAGAAUCUGGAGAGUUCGACACAGAGGGCUUACUUGCUAAGGCAAAGUUCCAUGUGAGCUACAAGGGCAAAGCUACCAUCAAGCCCCUCCAACAGGUCUUAAGUAACAGCCUCCGAUAUUUUCUGAGGCGGCCUUCAACUGCGGACUCUAGCUAUUGAGCCAUUCCAAAUCUGAGUGACCAUAGAUUUUUAUCCUCUUCCCUUUUUCUUUGUUAAGAAUACUUUUUCAUCUCCCCUCGCUCUUUCAAUUUGCGAUUCAUUCCCAGCUCCAGUGGGGACAAAUUGUAAAAUCCUUAAUAUAUAGAAAAACGUGAAAAGGAGUCUCUCAACUCAGGCUUGUGAAGCUAGGAUACAUCUGAUCUUAUGGACUUUUUUUAUCUGAACAGCACCUCGACCCAA